AUCAUGUGUCUAAUGAAACUGUUUUUUUUUCUUCCAGAUGAUAUAGUGGCAAGUUUUAGGCUGCAGAAGAAUGUUCCGAGCUCAGGGGAAACAUGUCCAAGCUCGUACUGGACAUCUGUGCGGAAGUUGGUGUCCCUAACUCCAUUGUAUGCCCCCACCACAUCUUUUAUUUCACUGUAUUGAUACGUUCUUCCACAAGUGUUGACCGAUGCUUGAAUGCCAUGUUUCCCCUGCGCUGGCCAAGAUCCAGCAAGGAGAUGACAGCCAUGUUUUCCUUCGGCCUCGUGCUUCUGGAGAUCAUCACUGGCAAGAGAGCGGUCCUGUCCAACGAGCCCGACGAGGACGAAGAGACUCUGGUCUCUUGGGUCGGGUUGUCGCAGGUUCCAUGGAGCCCCCCUCCCCUCGUCAGGCUCGGCGCCAAGAGCGAGGAGCUGCUCUUCGCCUCGCCUCGCCUCGCACAAGCGACGUCGUCAGGAGCGUGUGCCAUCACCUGCUCGCCCAUUGAAGAUCCCUGCGAGAGCUCGAGAGAAUCCACGCCCUAGUUAUCUACCGCCCAUGGCGUGGACGGCGACGACGACAGGAGGAUGCCAGUUCUAGCCGGGAACAUGGCCUUGUCCUGCUCGAGGAGGAGGGACGCACCUAGGCACCGACCCUGUCCCGCAACAAGGGGUCUGCUCCUCUGCUUCCAAGGCAACCAAGCUGCCCUGCCUGAGCUUAAUGAUUCAAGC